CCGGACGGCAACACAGAAACGAGAGCCAGACCAUGCAGAAACAGAGGACGUGUACCACCAGCUCCGCAUCGGCCAGAUGUCUGCUGGUCAUCCUGUUGGUGGCGUGCCUCGCUGAGUGUGGAACAGAGCAAAGAAUAAACAAUAGAGGUAGCAAAGGCAACCUUAUAAACAAAGUCAACGGGUGGAGAAGCCAGCGCGGAGGAUCCUGUUUAAGCUACGGACACUCAUGUUGGGGAGCUCACGGGAAAAGGUCCGGUACCGCGCCGUCGUCCGCCCCCGACUGGUACAUCACCAGGAUCCUGCGACGUAUGGCAGCUCUCAAUGAACUUCAGAACCGUCCUCGACAGAAUGACGAAAGCGACAUCUUGCGGGCGGAGCUGGAGCCAGAGUUUCCAGGCCGGCUUGUUGACGAGGAGGACAGCAACGCGCCAGUGAUCCGGAGCGUCGACGCCAGACCCAUGCUGGAAGACAGCGACAUUCCCAAAAUGAAAAUCUGGCAAAUCAUGAAAGCAGCAGCGCAGAAUGAAUGAAUGAACUAAGUAAAUGAACUGACCGAUCGUCUCACAUCUCACAUCACUCACAAACUACUUGUAUGAGAGCAGAACCAUACUAUACAUAGUAUUAUUGAGUGUAUUUUAUUGUAUUGUAUGUUCUGUAUAAUAUUUUGUUUAUUUUAUCCUCAAAGUAGUAACAAAUUUAAAUGGAUAGGUAACAGAUUUCCUACGUAGCUUACCUGUCAAUUCUCAGUAUUGUAUUCCCCCUCUAAAUGUGGCCCAAACUAUUUAUAAAUAACAGAAUUUUAAUUUUUGA